AUGGCGUGGGAUCAUCUCUCCAUCACCAAGUCCCACCUGGUGUACAUCAUCCUCGGUGGCUUCACCUCACUUUUUAUGUUAUGCUCUUCUGUCAUCAAGGAGCGCAUGUAUAUUGGUGAGGCGACUGUAGCUACGUUAUGCGGUCUGAUCUUUGGACCCCAUGCAGCCAACCUAAUUGAUCCGCAAACGUGGGGCAAUGUUGACGAAGUGACCCUCGAGUUUUCCAGGAUUGUACUCGUUGUGCAAUGCUUCGCCGUGGGGGUCGAAUUGCCCAAGUUCUACAUGGAGAAGCAUUGGAAGUCCGUCGUGUUUCUUCUGCUACCCGUCAUGACAUUUGGUUGGCUGAUCACAAGCUUAUUCAUCUGGUGGAUGGUCCCCACGUUGGACUGGUUGGAGAGCCUCUGUGUGGCAGCUUGUGUAACGGCAACCGAUCCUGUCUUGGCCUCGUCCGUCGUUGGUAAGGGCAAGUUCGCGAAACGUGUGCCAAAACAUUUGCGAGAUCUUCUCUCUGCCGAAUCAGGUUGCAACGAUGGCAUGGCCUUUCCCUUCAUUUACCUCGCCUUGUACCUCAUCCAGGAGCAUCUCGACGCCAAACAGACCACCUACCAUUGGCUCGUCUUCACCGUCCUCUACGAGUGUAUCUUCGGCGCCAUCUACGGGUUUGCCAUUGGCUACAUCGCCCGCCAUGGAAUCAAGUAUGCCGAAGAACACGACUUGGUCGACAGGGAGAGUUUUCUUGUCUUUUAUUUCACCCUAGCACUGUUCUGCGCUGGCUCUGGCAGUAUACUUGGCGUCGACGAUCUUCUCGUGGGUUUCGCAGCAGGCGUUGGCUUCUCCAACGACGGGUGGUUCUCGGCCAAGACCGAGGAGUCACAUGUGUCCAACGUUAUUGAUCUGUUAAUCAACUUGGCUUACUUCGUCUUUCUGGGGACUAUUAUUCCCUGGGACCAGUUCAACAACGCCGAGCUUGGUCUAUCAGCCUGGCGUCUCGUCGUCAUAGCCAUUUUUGUCAUCCUCUUCAGACGCAUACCAAUCAUGUUGGCUCUCAAACCGUUCAUACCUGACAUCAAAACAUGGCGCGAGGCAGCCUUUGCUGGUCAUUUUGGUCCCAUCGGAGUCGGUGCUAUUUUUGUUGCCAUUCUUGCUCGAGCCGAACUAGAGACAGAGACAACAAUCCCGCUGGCUGAGCUUCCGCCCGAGGACACACCCCAUUAUCACUUGAUCGCUCUUGUCUGGCCUAUAGUAACCUUCUUGGUCAUUUCUUCCAUCCUUGUUCACGGAUCAUCUGUUGCUGUGUUUACGCUUGGAAAACACAUCAACACGCUCAGCAUUACCAUGUCCUACACCGCUGCCCCUGAAGAUGGACCAACUUGGAUGAACCGGCUGCCUAGAAUCUCGUCGCAGUCCAAGUCGCAGGCUCGUUCAACCAUGUCAGACACCGAUGUCGACGACGAAAAGACGGUCCAGCUCCCACCUGGAGCCUUACUACCAACUGGAAUGCCAGGACAGUUUCUCCGACGUCAAAAAGAAGAAGAAGAUAACCCGAGCAGAGCAGCGAGCCGUGCAUCGUCCCGACGGCGAAGCAAGAACAGAAAAAGGUGGGACGACGGAAUUGGACCAGGCGGACCAGUCACACAGUCUGCCAUCUUUCCUCAAAGGCGUACAGCGAGUGGCGCGCUCGAAACCAUGUCGCCAACCUCGCCCAUGUCUCCCUCAAUGUCAGGAGCCGACCUACCCAGGCAAGAUACAUCCGGCACACUUGCCGUUGCCGAGGACGAAAACUCCUCUACUCAACUGCGCGAGAAGGAGUCGGAGUCGUCGAGCUCAUCUGGCAAGGGCUAUGAAAGGAGCCGGACAGGAGACCACGAGCAACAUAACACCGGACCCGAGGGCGAUCCUGGCGUGGAAAUUUACGAUGAAGGUGACAAUAUUAUUAUUGAAGAUCAGGAUGGUCAGGUGCUGGCCGUUGAACCUAGCAAAACGCACCACAAGACUGGAGAGGUGGUUCAUGACAUGGACGAGCUCAAGGAGCAGGCCAAACAAGAGACAUCGAAGCCUGGUUGGACCUACGAUGGUCUAAAGAAGCAGCUUGGCAAGUGGAAGGACGACGAAGUUCAGAAAAGAAAGGGCAAAACCAGCCAUGAAAGGCGGCACGAGCCUGCCCGAGCCUACCAAUUCGGAAAUACUAUCAUUGUUGAAGACGAAGAUGGUGAGGUUGUCAAGAAAUAUGAGCUACCUUCUCAAAAGCCCGAGGGACAAGGCAGUAACCUGGUUGGUCAAAGUCUCAAAAUCAUGGGUAUGGGAGGAAAGAAGCAGGGACAAAAGCUCAAUGAUGAAGCAGUCGUCUCUGAGGCCGGGCCAAGCGAGGACCGUCCCAAGGCUUUAGGCCGGCAGUCAACAUUCAGCGGAUGGACUGGCUUCAAUAAGGGAGGAGCUAGUGAAGGUAAGAAGAAGAAUGCUGCUGCUGAAGAGUUAGAGAAGUAUCAAGCGGAGGACGAUCGAAAAAUCAGGUUUACCAUCGGUGGACAGGGCCGAAGAAUGACGAAGGAAGAUUUCCUGAGUGAGGUCCGCAAAAUGGACGCAAAAACAAAGCGACAGGUGCUGGAAAACUCAGACGCGCCGGAUGCGGUUCUGGCGCAAGCCAAGAGGCAGCCUGUCCCGGCAGUCACCAUUUCAGCGCCAGGCUCCGGCGCAGCCACACCGUCUUCGACGGGCGGUGGCAUCAAAGUCACCGCUGCCAAGAAUGCCGGUUCCAGUUCAUCCAGGGGAAACAGCAACUCCCCAGCACGCCCCGAGCCUGCUAGGGGUAGGAGUUCAACCGCCAGGGAACAGCAAUCUGUCACAGAGCUUCCGAUAGAGAGCCAUCCGGACGCUCCGAGCAACGACGAACCAGAAACAGCGGUCGAGCGACGCCGCAGACUCGCCGCUCUGUCAGGGAUGCGCGACGAUGCGGGAGAACCGCAUCGGGAACAGGAGACGCCGGCGGAAAGGAGACGACGCGAGGCUGCUCUUGGUGUCGGCAGUGGUGAGCAGUCGGACAGUGACAGCGAGGAUGAUAAUACCCCGAGAGUGCCUCCUACCAGGCGUGGAAUCAGGUUCGCAGAUGCGCCAGCCAAAGGGCGGAAAUAG